AUGGUGGACCAAAAGAACGUCCAGGGAGAUAUCUGGCCACGUUUGCCCAAAAAGGCCGAAAAGUUUGUGUUCUUCCGGAUUACCAAUGUGGAAGAAUUCAAGAAGGGCCUGCCAAUGAUGGCCGACUUCAUCACUACAGCCCACGCUGCCUCCCAGAAUCGUGACAAUAUCUUCAAAAAGAAAGCCGAAGGAACUCUCAAGGGAUUGAUCAGCUUGGUUUCGAUCAACAUUGCAUUCUCAUCUAUUGGCCUGGCCAAGCUCAAAGCGGAGAAACUCAACGACGAUGUCUUCAAUGGUGGUCAGUUUAAAGACAUGACUGCGCCGUCUGCGGGUGAGACGGAGGAAGACCACCAAGGUCUUGAUGCCCAGCACGAAUGGCUUCCCCAGUUUAAGCCUAGCGGUGGUGGCAUCGAUGGUGUUCUUGUUGUCGCUGGUGACAGUCUUGAAAGCAUCGACAAAACCACCAAGAAGACAUAUGAAUGGGUUUUCAACAUUGGAAACGACAAACAAAGCGUUGAAGAGGUCUAUACCAAGGUUGGCGUAGUCUAUCCCGACCAUCUUGAACACUUUGGGUGGGUGGACGGUAUUAGCCAGCCUGUUGUCAAAGGAUUUGACGAUAUUGAGAAGAAGAGUGAUGCUAAGGGGAUGACACCCAUCGAUCCGGGAAUUAUCAUUGUCGGAGGUGAGGGGGAUGAGAGCAACCACCCCGAUUGGGCCAAAGAUGGUAGCUUCAUGGUCUUCCGGAUCUACGAGCAGCUGGUCCCUGAAUUCUACCACUGGUGUGCCUUCAACACACCCCUUGCUGUUAAAGAGAUCAUAGAGGCCCAGAAAGCGCAGAAAGAGAUCUCAUGGUCUAGCGAUGCUUACAAUGAAAUGGGUCUCUUCUCCUCCAGACUGAUAGGCCGGUGGCCUGACGGUGCUCCAGUGGAGCUUUACCCCAGCACUGAUCCAAUGGAUGGUCUUAAAAAGUCCAAAGACAAGGAAGAAAACAUGAAGAUUGUUGAAGCGAAUCUGCAACAAGAAGGACUGGACCGGCUCAAGAAGAUGCAAACCGAGAACCACACGGACGCUUUCAACUACACUGCCAUGGACCAGACCAAGUGCCCUUACGCCUCUCAUAUGCGCAAGACUGGCCCUCGCGACGAUUGUCCCAACUACACCAAGCAUUUAAUCAUGCGCCGGGGAAUCCCUUACGGAGAGUGGUGCGAAGAUGAAGAAAGGGCCGGUGGCGUUACAAAGCAGGAGCGUGGUCUUCUAUUCGUUUGCUACCAGAGCAGCAUUGACAAUGGGUUCUGUACACAGCAGAAGCGAUGGGCCAAUACUGAGGAUGGCCCAACAGACAUGUCAAAGCACAAUGGAGGAAACAGCCAAGGAAUUGACCCUAUUAUUGGUCAAGUUCACCCGAGUCACCUUGAAGAGUGUCCGGCUGAUGGGGGCAGGGCCAAAUACAAAAAUCCUCCCAAACUUCACUUCCCGGAAACAGUCUAUGGAAAAGAAGCUCCUCAGGUCUACGACAAGACAGUUGAUCUGGCCCGGCUAUGCAUUCCCCACGGUGGAGAGUAUUUCUUCACUCCCUCGAUUAAGGCUCUGAAGGAUUACAUCCCCAAUAUCUAA